CCACCUCAUCCCCCGUCUUAACCGCGUCUUUACCGCUAUAAAAUACUCUGCAUUUCACUCCCAUUUCUUUCACAAACCCAAACUCAAACUCAACUCUGCAACACACAAUACCUAAAAUUCCAACAGAACUCCAUUCCUAAUCCUUACAAUGGGCGAGAAAAAGAACGCCGAACAAGACUCCACCACCGCCGUCUUCAAGAUUGAUAUCCACUGCGAGGGCUGCGCCAACAAAAUCAGAAAGUGCGUCCGAGAAAUCCCAGGUGUCCACAGAGUCAGAGCAGACUGGGAAGCCAACAAGCUGACGGUCACCGGAAAAUUCGACCCCGCCAACCUCCGAGAGGAACUCGCCGAUAAAACAAAGAAGAAAAUCGACAUUGUCUCAUCGGAGAGCAAGAAAGAAAAGGAAUCGAAGAAACCAGACGAUGACAAACAGGAUAAGAAAACAGAGGACAAGAAACCCAAAGACAAAGAGACUCCGGUAACGACGGCGACGUUGAAGGUGGAACUGCACUGCCAGGGAUGCAUCGAGAAGAUUUACAAAGUUGUAUCAAGAACAAAGGGAGUGGAGGAUAUGGCGAUUGAGAGACAAAAAGAUUUAGUAAUGGUGAAAGGGAAAAUGGACGUGAAGGCUCUGAUUGAGAAUUUGGAAGAGAAGCUGAAGCGGAAAGUUGCAGUGGUAGUACCCAAAAAGGAGAAAGACGACGGAGCAAAGGGCGGAGACGUCGGCGACAAGAACAAGAGCGGCGGAGAGGUCGCUCAAGACGGCGGAGUAACGGACGGAAACCGGCUUGAUUACGUGGCAGUUCCGGUUCCGGGUUAUGGAUACGGGUACGGUUACGGUUACGGGUAUGGGAAUGGUGGAUUUGUUGGACAACAUUUGCCAGCGCCUCAACAUUUGCUUUCGCCCCAAAUGUUUAGUGACGAGAAUCCGAAUGCCUGUUCCCUUAUGUAACAAAUAUAGUUUUAUUUAUUAUUUUUAUUAUUUUUUUAGAAAAUGUUAUUUGCCAUUAAAUUUUGUAAACUUUGUUCCAAUUUCUUAGUCUUGUAUGAAAUUUUCUAAAGAAUAAUGUAAUUUUAUUUAUUUGUCUUAUUA